AAUUAUGAAAAUGUUAUUCGUUGUUUGAAGCGUUACGAGCGUAUUUACUUAUUAAGCAGAACGUAAACAGAGACAAGACACGUGUUGCAGCCUGAGUUGGAUUAUUUUCUUCGCCUUAGAAUUAAACGUCUUCAUCUCGUCCCACAGAAAUGGCAGUAGACUUUGAGGUUGAAGAUGAAGAGGUGGAGUUCUCUGAUAUUGAUGAGAUGGAGGAAACUGAUGAUGAUGACUCAGAUGCCGAGCUUCAGAGAAAAUUUGAGCAGGGAAAGCUCAAGCCAGGCCUCUACCGUGAAACAGAAAAGGUGGUGAAGGAGCAUAAGAAUGAUGUGAAUGGUUUAAAAGCAAAGCUGGAGCAAUUUAGCGUAAAAUUGCCAUGGAUAGAGCGCUUGGAUUUCACGUCAGAGCCCGCACCCCUCGCUCCAGAGCUCAGUGCUGAGAUUGUGGAACAUGGCCAAACAAGGGAGAAACGCAUGAGGAGUCAGAAUAAAUACUUCACCCUUGAGGAUGACCCGGUGCACAACGACUUUAUGCGGGAGAUGAACUUCUACAGGCAGGCUCAGGCAACUGUUCUGGAGGGCUUCAGCAAGCUGGAACACCUUGGCCUCCCCACCGUACGGCCUUCAGACUACUUUGCGGAAAUGGCCAAGAGUGAUGACCACAUGCAAAAGGUGCGAAAGAGACUCAUGCAGAAGCAGAUUGGACAACAAAUCAGUGAACGAGUGAAGAAGAUAAGAGAGAUAAAGAAGUAUGGCAAGAAAGUGCAGAUUGAGGUGGAACAGCAGAAGCAUAAGGAGAAGCGAGAGAUGCUUGAAAAGAUCAAGAAAUUCAGAAAGGGUAAAACAGACUCCAUUGACUUCUUGGAGGGGGGACAGCCCCUACGAGGUGAAGCAGGAGGGAGUCGGUCCAAGAAGGAGCUCAAAAAGGGAAAGUCAAAGAGCUUCAUCAAAGACAAGAAAUACGGAUUUGGAGGAAAGAAGAGGAACAGCAAGAGGAACACAGCCAAGGGCCUCAUGGAUGACAGAGGUCUUCCAGCCAUGAGGAAGCCUGGGGGUGCAGGCAAGAAGGGUUUUGGGGGUGCAGGCAAGAAGGGUUUUGGGGGUGCAGGCAAGAAGGGUUUUGGGGGUGCAGGCAAAAAGGGUCCCAAAGGAAAAGGGAAUAAAGGUGGGCCCAAGGGUGGUAGGAGCAACAAAAAUAAAACCAGAUCAAGGAAUUGAAAGGCUAGAUGUUUGAUAUUUGGAAGUUGUUAUGUGUGAGAAGGUUGGCCAUAUUUGUGACUGAAUGAAAGGGAAAAUGAUAUUCAAUAAAUGUAGAAUUUAUA